AGCGAACAUGGGGAACGCUGCAUAUCAAUGUGACAAUACACACAAGCAUGCGUAUAUAUACGUGAUCUAGACCCGAUGUUAACAUCUGGCUCUCCCUCUUUUCAGUAACUCGUGGACAUCACUAGCCAAUGCCUAUGUCAUCGCUUUUGGCUGCUCUUCGGGAUGCUUUGUAAUAUUCUGUUAACGUUUCUCAUAUCCUCAAUCGCAAUCGAUGCGCACGUCACUCGAGCAGAGCAGUGGCCGUCCACUAACGCAACCGAAAAAUGUGCUAUCUCUGAAAACGACCCAGACAUUUGGACGAAAUCAAAUGCAUCCGCCUUCCUGGAGGCUUUCUUGCGCAAGAAUGGGCCGGUAGACUGGCUGCACAAUAUGGACCUUGCGACAACCGCUGGAGGUUCCCAAGGAUCAUCGAGCUUACAUUGCGAUCAAUAUCCUGCCCAGGACGUAUGUCCUUUCCCAAGCCUACGUUGUACGGACUUCACCCCUCCUGAGGUUUACUUCAUAAGAAUGGCGGCGGCUAGCAUGUAUUCUUUUCAUGCGCUGGUUGGGACGCUCAUAGAUACACUGUUCGGCCAGGAGGGUCUCGAACUUGACUCUAUCAUGCAAGAUCUCAAGCCUAAAGAGUACAAGCAACCGCUCGCCUUGUCUAUCGUGAACAACUUGCUGUUUUUCAUCUAUGCGGUUAAACUGGACUUUCCCGCAGACACAAUCUUUUCCCUAGCGAUGGCUGCUUUUGGGACGGCGAGGAGCUUGGACAUGCUCAACGAGAAGACUUCCAAGGAAUUCCCAGCAGCCGAGAUAAAACAUUACCUGCGUCAAAUAUGGCAAGAGCAGAACCAAGACAUAAGGUCAGCUAUGUCUGCCAUAUUUAAGGGCAUAGACGUGCCGCAGACCCCCCUGGACAAGCUUCUGCCAGAGGAAGGCAAUUGGAAUCAUGAUGCGCAGCGUAUAGCAAUGAUAUUCUCGAGCAGUAACUGGAUUCAAGAUAAGGCAACGACAAGUGUCCGAGCUGAGGAAACGGUAAAAAUCUUUGGUAGAAACUUGCAAAAGGCCAUAGUUGGACAGGCUUUGAGCCAAUACGGUAUGGGUAUCUUUGUAGAAACUCAUUGGAAGCUUAAUGAAAAGGGGGAAGAACCUGCCGUGACAGAUGAGGCAAUCUGCCAUCAUUAUGCAGAAGGGCGCUGGAUGAAUGUUACCACCAAACAUCCUAGACCUGGAUGGCCGGAGUACUAUAAUGUUUGUUGCAACGUGUAUACUCAUGCCUUUUACUGACAUCGUCAUACAGCAUUGUCUCAGAAUCGGGGAAAUACAUGAAGUAUGUAACGCCGAGGGCGCCGUUCAUUUCAAACCCAUUGCGCCAGAAAGAUCAGACAAAUUAUAUACGAAGUAUAACAUAACGCUCGAGGAGAUCUAUCAGAAUGCCGUUGAGUGUGCCUUGUCCACUAAAGGUGACCACUUUCGGGAUUUAACCCCUGUGGAGGGAACCAAUCUCCCAAGGUGUCUGUAUAACCUUAGAGUCGUCGUGGCUCGGCUUAACCUUAGCGCAGGCUCAUCGGAUCCUUACCCAGGCGCGCCAGUGAAAAAAUAAGCAUGCUAAAAUUAGUAAGAAUUAGUAUAGAUUACUAAAAAUUAGUAAGAAAAUGUACAUCUCUAUAGAAGCCUAAGUACUCUUAAUAUCUAAG